GGGUAGGGGGAGCAAGCUGGGGUGCUCUGCAGGAACCAUCUCAAUACCCCAGAUUCUUUUCCCAGCGCCCCGGCUUUGUGCUCUGAGCUGCAGCCUCUGCUCUGCAGAACAUGGCAGGUCCCAGGAUGAUUGUACUUGGCCUCCUUCUCCUGGCCUUCUGUGCACACUGCAUCAGCCCCACAGGCUCUGUGAUCAUCCCCUCUUCUUGCUGUAUGUCAUUUACUUCCAAGAAAAUUCAGGAGAACCGAGUGGUAAGCUACCAGGUGGCUAACAGGAGCGUCUGCCCCAAGGCAGGGGUGAUUUUCACCACCAAGAAGGGCCUUAAGUUCUGUGGUGACCCCAAGCAGGCAUGGGUCCAGAAGUACAUAAGGAACCUAGAUGCCAAGCGGAAGCGGUCUUCCUCAGGCCCCAGGCCAGUGGGCGUGAAGGGCGUCAUCCAGAGACACUGUGGCAACAACACCGCGUUCUAACCAACACCUGCCUCCAUCCUGGAACUUGGACAUGGCCUUGGUCUUUCACCAGGCGGCCUAGGGCCUGGGAAAGCCAGCCUGGGUAGAAUCAGAGCUAAUUUUCCUCUUCUUAGCAUUGCUCUCAGGGAAUGUGUCUAUCCUAUUAAAAACCCAGUCUGGGGGCCGGGCAUCAGCUCCCAGCAUUCUGGACCUCCCUGAGUUGGGUGAGAGGCUCCAAAGGAGAGCAGUGGCAGCCCUGUGGCCUAUUCCCCCUGACCUGGAGCUGGCCUGUCUGUGACUGGCAAGUCUGUCAGAGCCCUGGUGUCCCUUGCUUGCCUCUGACUUUGAAGCGCCCUCUAAGGCUUGCUAUCUGUCCAUCUGGGGAUGUUGUAUGUCAGCAGUGGCUCAAAAUGUCCCAACUUCCAGCACUUUGAAUAAAGAAAAAACAAGAAAAA